AUGAAAAUAGCAGAAGGUAUCUUUCCCGAGUCCUGCCACAGAGUGACUUAUACUGAAAGAAGCAUCUGUGCCUUCAGAGGCUCAUCAGUGGACAUUUCCUGCACAUACAGCAGUUAUGAAUCUAUCACAUCAACAUUCUGGUUCAGUCCUGAACGUAGUCAUCAGUGGCAGAAUUACUCACAGCCUGAGGACCUUAGUGAAGACUCCCAGUAUGCAGGUCGUGUUCAGUUCCUUGAAACAGAGGGAGGACGCUCCACUCUGAGAAUCUCUGACCUGAGAGAGAGCGAUUCAGCCCAGUAUCACUUCACAUUCAAAACACAAAGCUUUGAAUGGAGGAGUAGUUUACCUGGAACAACUCUGACUGUCACAGAUCCAGCUCUCCAGGUGCAGGUGAUCACAAUAACAGUCCAUCAGUCUUAUACCGAGGCAAAGCUGAAAUGUCUCAGCAGCUGCAGUCCAGCAGGUCGUAUUUCUUACGUCUGGUUCAAGAACGGACAGAAAGUUAUGAAGGAGGAAACUUCUCUUUAUUCAGGGCAGUUUAAUCCUGGUGACAACGUCUCUUGUUCUUUGAAAGGACAUGAGGAUUACAGCUCUCCUUCAGUGUAUGCUCCAAUGCCUCCCUCUGUGUCAAUGAGUCCAUCUGGUGAAAUCACUGAGGGCAGUUCAGUGACUCUGAACUGUAGCAGUGAUGCUAACAUAGCAGCUAAACACACCUGGUACAAGAAGAAUGUAAAUCCAGACCUUCAACCUGUCAGUAAAGAACCACCUGAGAACCAGCUGGGAAUGAGGACAUCUGAAUACAUCUCUAUUGAUGUGAAAUGUGAGUGA